AUGACUGCUUAUGCCGUUCUUUUGUCUGCGUCAUGCCUCAUUCUUCAGGCUGCCUUUCGGAAGAUACCAUGGAUGACAUCAAAUGGCUAUUCUGCCGCUGCUGAUCGACAAUCCCGACAUGCGCUGUUUUCGGACUUUAUGUGUAAUAGGGGAGGAAGGAUUGUUUAUGCAUUCCAGAUUGCACGCUUUGUCGGGACAGUCGGGUUGUUGAUCCUCUCCACUGUUCGACUGGCCCUGGAUAUAUAUCAUUCCGACACCACAACUCUUCAUAGACAGCUGGAUUUCCAACAACGAAUAGAUGCGCUCAAUAUUAUCAACUAUUCCUACAUCUCAGUUUUAUGUGCAGUGGCACUUGUCCUUCGAUCGGAGACGGCCCAGCUUAUUACAGCCAACGCAGCCGUUGUCUCACUUAUCCAGCUUUAUGUAUUUGGAUGGCGUAAUAUCUGGCCAUUGAUGAUCUUUGGCGGUAUGCCUUCAGAUGCUCACUACCCUGGGCUGUGUUGGACAGAAGCUGGGUUGCUAGCUGUGGUUGCGGUGAUCAUCCCUCUCUUCAUCCCUACACCAUACAUACCGGAAGAUCCCAAAGUGAGCAUCAGUAUCCUGCCACCCGAGCAGACGGCCUCGCUUGCGGGCAUCAAUUUAUUCUAUUUUUUGGAGCCUUUUGUAUUCCGGUCAUACUUUGAUGAACAACUUCACCACGAUUCGCUUCCCCCCUUGGCCGACUAUGACCAAUCGACUACUUUAGAAGCUCACGGGAGAGAUAUUCUUGACCCUUGGCGUCGUCGCGAGCUGGGUCUCAAAGACAGGCACCUAUUCUUCGGCAUAAUGCAGUUCUUUGGUACCCGGAUAUUUCUUCAGGUUUUCAUUGUUACAAUCAAUGUGCUUGCGACGUUCUUGGGUCCAAUUGCUAUCAAUCGUCUCCUACGCUAUCUGGAAACAGGGGGAGAGAAUGCCAUUGUGCGACCAUGGGUCUGGAUUCUUCUUAUAUUCAUCAGUCGGAUGUUGUUCUCCUUGGGGGAGAAUGGUUAUCUUUACGUCACUAAUAGGAUCUUCGUCCACACAGAGAACCUUCUCCUUCAGCUUAUCUUCGCACAAUCUUUGAGAAUGCGCGUCUGUAUUCCUGCGCCAUCCGAUGAUAUUCCAUCAUCUAAUGGACCGUCUGCUUCUGAAUCAACACUGUCGUCUGAUGAAGAUAAAAGGAAGGACGCAGGUGUAGUGAAUGUGAAUACUCUAAUCGGCGCCGACAUACCAGCCAUCUUGGAUGGAAGGGAAUUUGUAUUUUUCUUCCUCCAAUUGCCACUCGAGCUCAUCUCCUCAAUUUGGUUUCUGACCACCGUUUUGGGCUGGUCUGCGAUUAUCGGCAUGAUAUUCUUGGUGACAGACGGCCGAGUGAAAGCUGUGACAGAGUGUCGGACUGGACGUUCUUCUAAAAAUGUGAUUCUAAUGAAGUCUCAGAUGUUCGGUUGGGAGUCUAUGGUCAAAGAGCGAAUUCAGAAUACGAGGAAAGAGGAGCUUCGGUUCACACGAAAGCGCCGCCUUUUGGAGCUAGUCAUUGGCAACACCAACAUACUGCUUCCCGUUUCGAGCAUGCUCAUAACUUAUGGAGUCUAUUUCGGUCUGUUGUCGAUCCGUGUCUUUACUAAUAGAAUGGCAGCUUCCCUCGUAUUCUCUAGUAUGAGCAUAUUCGAUUUGCUUCGCAUGGACUUGGUUGCCAUUACCCGGGAUCUCAAUGACAUGAUAAACGCCAAAGUAUCUCUGGACCGAGUCGACACUUUUUUGCGAAGGACUCCCCUAUUGGAUGCCUACGAAGCCGAUCCAUGUACUUUACAGGAUUCCCGUCAGCUUGUGCUGGACGAAUCCACUCAUGGCGAUGUUAUUGGAUUUCAUGACGCUAGUUUCGCUUGGAAUAGGAGAACAGAUGCCGUCAAUACCAGAAAUUUUUGCUUGAACUUCGAAGGCAAACUCUUGUUCAAGAGAGGUGGUCUUAAUUUGAUUAUCGGACCCACGGGGAGUGGCAAGACCUCGGUCUUGAUGGCUCUGCUACGAGAGAUGCAUUUUGAGCCCAUGACCCCAAACGGUUGGUACAGCUUGCCGAGGCAUGCAGGUAUUGCGUACGCGGUGCAAGAGUCAUGGGUAAUGAACGAAACGAUCAAAGAAAACAUUCUUUUCGGUUCUACUUAUGAUGAACACAGGUAUAACUCCGUAUUGGAGCAAUGUGCUGUGCGACCAGAUUUAGCAUUAUUUGCAGCAGGAGACAACACCGAGGUGGGCGAGAAGGGCAUAACACUGUCUGGGGGACAGAAAGCUCGCAUUACGCUCGCUCGGGCUCUCUAUUCCAGCGCCGAAACCAUCUUAUUAGAUGACGUUCUCUCCGCCCUCGAUGUGCAUACAUCCAGGUGGAUCGUGGAGAAGUGUCUGCGAGGGGAUCUUAUACAGAACAGGACGGUCCUGCUUGUCACUCACGCUAUCUCUCUCGUUGGACCAAUUGCAGACACCAUCCUCGAACUUGAUUCGAGCGGACAUAUCAAAUAUCAUGGGCCACCCGGACCAGAAUUGCUCGAGUCCCUGAGGACUGAAGAGAACCCGUGUGGGGCAGAGGAGGGAGAAAUCAAGGGCACCGUCCACGAUGCCCUUGAUGAGAAGCCAGAUGCCCCAAAAGCAGACGGAAAGAUCAUCAUUGAUGAAGAGCGAGCUCAAGGGCGCUUAAAAUGGGCUGCAAUACAUUUAAUGCUCCAUGCUUACGGCGGUCUCGGAUUUUGGAUUCUACUGAUCGCCGUAUUCUUCAUAGCGGUGCUGAUGGACAUUUUAGCUACCUGGUGGCUGGGCAUUUGGACGAGUUCAUAUCAAACGCACUCGACCACUUUGACAACAGCAGGGUAUCUCGCUAUAUUCAUAGCCUUUUCUUUCUCUCAGACUGCUCUGACAACGUUGGGCAAUAUCACGUAUAUCUAUCGUAGCAUGGCUGCAUGCCAAAGGGUGCAUGAGCUCUUGCUGGACAGCAUCAUGUCGUCAACUUUGCGAUGGCUUGAUACUACACCCCGAGGUCGCAUCAUAUCGCGUUUCACCCAAGAUGUUCGCGAUAUGGAUGGCCCACUGACUCAAUUUUUUGGGGUGUUCAUCACCCGAACCAUACUGCUCUUGUUGCGGUUCUCUGCGGUGAUGAUGGGAUCUCCCAUAUUGCUCAUACCCGGCCUUUUUGUUACGAUCGCCGGUUAUAGCAUAGGUCAAGUGUAUCUUUUUGUUCAAAUGGGCGUCAAGCGCAUUCGAUCAAACUGGAAAUCGCCGAUCUACAAUCAUUUCUCUGCUGCUGUCGCUGGUAUUGUCUCUAUCCGCGCCUAUGGUGCACAGGAUGCCUUCAAAGCAGAGCUCUUCAAUCGACUCGAUGCAUAUUCUAGGUCAUCACGUUGCUUUCAAAAUCUUCAUCGUUGGAUUGCCUCGAGAGUCGACACUCUCGGAGCUCUGUUCGCCACAGGUGUCGCGGCAUACCUGGUGUAUUUCAAAUCUGAAGAGGCUGGGAAAACAGGAGUGCGUGCAACGAUGCUUCCCGUUCAUAAUGGCCUGAUAUCAUGUUUCCGCAGUUUAGAGCGCAUGCGCGACUACAUCGACAUCGACCACGAGUCUGGGUCUUCGGAGAUGGGCAAACCUCCGGCGUAUUGGCCCGCUUCCGGAGCACUUCGAGCAGAAAAUUUGUCUGCGAAAUAUUCCGAGGACAGCCCACUUGUCCUAGACAACCUCAGUUUCGAAAUCAAGACUGGGGAGCGGAUUGGCAUUGUUGGUCGAACCGGAAGCGGGAAGAGCACGCUGGCUCUCUCCCUGCUGCGAAUGAUCCCAACGAAAGGAGAGGUGUAUCUUGAUGGUCUGCCAACUUCGACUAUUAACCUCAACGCGCUGCGGGCCAAUCUUACCAUUAUACCCCAAGAGCCAGUUCUGGUCUCUGGCACGAUUCGUACCAAUCUGGAUCCAUUCGGUCAACAGGAUGACGCAGUCUUGAACGAUGCCCUGAGGGAUAUCGGAUUGUUAGAUCGCGACGUGUCACUGGACACGGCCGUGUCAGAUGCUGGCGGGAACUUCUCUGUAGGUGAAAGACAGCUGGUCGCACUAGCUCGUGCAAUCGUCCGCAAUACCCGCAUAUUACUCCUCGAUGAAGCGACAGCAAGCGUGGACCAUGACACAGACAGCAUAAUCCAGGAAAGCAUCAGGCGAGAACUCAAGGGGGCUACCCUGUUGACCAUCGCACACCGUCUUAGAACAAUAAUGGAUUACGAUAAAAUUAUGGUACUCGACGCGGGAAAGCUGAUCGAAUUCGACACCCCGACCGCUCUAUUGAAGAAAAAGGACGGUCUCUUCAAAAGCUUGGUGGAACGGAGCGGUGAUCGAGAUGAAUUACAGGAAAUUGCUAGACAGCACUCAGUAUGA